CGAUGGUGGCGAGGGUGGCCCUGGUAGCGGUGGCCAUGGUGGUUACGAGGGUGGUUUCCUUACAGCUUCCCUCUACAUUCAAGUGGUGGUGGCCGAUCAGCCUUCUAAGUGGGCGGAAGACUCCAAGAAGCAGGAGACUCAGUUCUUCUUGGAAAGUAUGGCCGAAUUUCGAAAGGAUGCUACAAGCGGAUGAAGAAUAUUAUGACUACUCAUGUGAAUCACGCUCGCUACACAAUGUUCGGCGUGGCAACCUCUAGAGUGGAUGAACGCCUAGGAGACAUGAUCGAAAAGCUAGAGGAGCUCUUCAAGACACAUGUGGCGACAAUUAUCGACGCCGUUCAUCGGGAUUACUUUGCCCUCGUCACAAACGAGGGCCUGUUCAAAGCUCUGAAAGGUGCCAGAAACGAAAUCCAUGAUCUGCUUUCCCAAUGCAAUGCCGGGUUCAAACAAGUCAUCGAGGCCCAGGGUCCGAGCCCAGAUGUCAACGCUCCGGAUGAAACAGACCCCGAAGUCAAAAAAGAAGACUCGUCUAUGUUGGAAUAGCAGCGCCAUGGAUGUGGACGAUGGGGCGCUUAUCGUUACCGAGGAAUCCGAAAGCAUUACUAUGGGAGAGAUUUACGGAUUUCCUCAUAUUAUGGAUACUAUUGCUGGCAUACUCGGUUCUUCGGGCCGAGGGUUGUGAUGAAGUUUCUG